AUGGUACAGUUGAAACAAGUGUCCCUAAGAUUAAAAUCGAUAAAAAACAUACAGAAGAUUACCAAAACUAUGAAAAUGGUUUCCGCUAGCAAGUUUACAAAAGCAGAACGCGAACUGCAAGCAGCGAGGCCUUUCGGUUAUGGCCCUAGGAAGUUCUACGAAUCUUCUCGAUUGAUAAAGGCGGCUGUGGACAGCAAAGAUAAGAAAGACGCCGCCGCUGUCCCCGAACCAGUGCAGGAGAAACCGGAAGACCAGGAGGCCCAAAAGAAACUCAAAAGGAUUUAUAUAGCUAUGACGUCUGACAGAGGUCUGUGCGGAGGUGUCCACAGUGGAGUGGCGCGUCGUAUACGUCGCGAGAUGACCGCUAGGAACGCCGAGGGCACGACACACAAGCUGGUGUGCGUCGGCGACAAGGCUCGGGCGUUGCUGCGCCGGGCGUACUCCACCAGCAUGCUGGUCACCGUUAAAGAUAUCGGUCGCAUAGCCCCUGUGUUCGCCGACGCGUCACUUAUGGCAACCGCGAUCGCCGAGUCGGGCUUCACUUACGACGUCGGUGAGAUCUACUACAACAAGUACUUUACGGCGGUCAAAUAUGAAAUGUCCAUUGUGCCAUUCUUCAGUAAAAUCAGGAUUGAGUCAGCCCCGAACAUGACAGCCUUCGAUGACGUGGAUGACGACCAGCUGGAGUGCUACGCGGAGUGGACCCUCGCCGCGCUCCUCUACUACGCGUUGAAGCAAGGCGCGGCUUCAGAACAGUCUGCCCGGAUGGCUGCCAUGGACAACGCUACGAAGAACGCAUCCGAAAUGAUCAGGAAACUGACGCUGCUCUUCAACAGAACGAGACAAGCAGUCAUCACCAGGGAGCUUAUUGAAAUCAUUUCAGGAGCGGCGGCUUUAAAGUGA